AGUCCGCGCGUAGACGUCUCGGAGGGCGUUCGUGUCGAACUGCGAAGCUCACGAGUGUUCACGCUACGUUCGUAGUUCAAAUGGAAAUACGGUAGUAAGAAAUGCGUUAUGUUCGCGUUUGUGCUAAUGUUUCUCUCAGUGCUGGACUGUUGUGUGCCGUUGUAUCAUCACCAGUUCGCGGUUUAUGUGCCUAAUGGACUGGACAGGGCCCACGAGAUCGCGCACAGACAUGGUUUCAUUAAUCACGGAGAGAUUGGAAACCUGAAGAAUUUUUAUUUAUUUUCCCACCCACACGUCAGUAAAAGGUCAACGAACGCAAGUAUAGAUUACGUCAACCGACUGAAGAAUGACCCACAGGUAAGAUGGGUGAUGCAGCAAAAGGAAUUAAGAAGAACGAAACGAGACCAUCAGUGGAAGCCUCGACAUGUAAUGAGGCAAUCUAGCGCACCGUCUUUUCCUGAUCCACUGUUCAAAGAGCAGUGGUAUUUGAAUGGUGGCGCAGCUGAUGGUCUCGAUAUGAAUGUCGGGUAUGCUUGGAGGAAGGGCUAUACGGGGAAAGGUGUCGUCAUUACUAUACUCGAUGAUGGCAUACAGCCUAAUCACCCGGAUCUAUCACAGAAUUACGAUCCGGCCGCUUCAACUGACAUAAACGGGAACGAUACGGACCCGACACCACAGGACAAUGGCGACAAUAAACACGGGACCCGUUGUGCAGGAGAGGUAGCUGCCGUCGCUUAUAACCGAUACUGUGGCGUUGGUAUAGCAUACAAUGCUAGCAUUGGAGGAGUGAGAAUGCUGGAUGGCGUUGUAAACGACGCAGUGGAAGCUCAAGCACUCGGAUUUAACACGCAUCAUAUUGAUAUAUAUAGUGCGUCGUGGGGACCGGAGGACGACGGAAAAACUGUCGACGGCCCGGGUCCUUUAGCUCGAAGAGCGUUUAUCAACGGAGUAACGAACGGAAGAGGGGGAAAAGGAUCCAUAUUCAUAUGGGCAUCAGGAAACGGGGGGCGGCACACUGACUCUUGUAACUGCGACGGGUAUGCUAAUAGCAUAUUCACUAUAUCCAUAUCUAGCGCAACGCAAGGAGGGUACAAGCCUUGGUAUUUAGAAGAAUGCUCUUCGACUUUAGCUUCAACGUAUAGUUCAGGUACACCAGGACGAGAUAAAAGCGUUGCAACCGUUGAUAUGGACGUCCAAUUACGAGCGGAGCAUAUCUGCACGGUCGACCAUACGGGUACCUCAGCAUCCGCACCAUUGGCUGCAGGAAUUUGUGCAUUAGCUUUAGAAGCUAAUCCGCUAUUGUCGUGGAGAGAUAUGCAGCAUUUAAUUGUAAUGACGUCACGUUCUCAACCCCUAGAAAAAGAAGAAGGGUGGAUCGUGAAUGGUGUUAAAAGAAAAGUUAGUCAUAAAUUCGGUUACGGACUGAUGGAUGCAGCUCAAAUGGUCAAUCUAGCUGAGCAGUGGACUAAUGUGGCGCCUCAGCACAUUUGUAAAUCCCAAGAAAUAAACGAAGACAAAUCCAUUGAAACGUCUUUCGGUUAUACGAUAUCUGUACACAUGGACGUGAAUGGGUGCAGCGGGACGACAAACGAGGUCAGAUUUUUGGAACACGUUCAAUGUAAAAUUUCGUUAAGCUUUUUUCCGAGAGGUAAUUUACGAAUAUUGCUUACAUCACCGAUGGGAACCACAUCUACGCUUCUAUUCGAAAGGACCCAUGACGCAAUUAGUUCGAAUUUCGACGACUGGCCGUUUUUGAGCGUUCAUUUCUGGGGUGAAAACGCCGAAGGGAGAUGGACUUUGCAAAUUAUAAAUGCGGGCAAUACUCACGCGACGCAAGCUGGAGUAUUGAAGAAAUGGCAAUUAUUUUUUUACGGUACCGCUGUCUCCCCCAUACGGCUACGAAAUAAAGACUAUAUGAACUCGAAAAAUUCGUACCACGAAGAAAAAACAUAUCACAUUAAUGACGUAUACGAUGCAUCUGAAUACUCUCAGUUUUUAAACGAAAUUGAACUAGGUAUUUCAGACAGGCGUAGCUACGAGAAAAACAUUCCAUCGGCUCAAAGAAAGAAUGUUUUAGCGGAUGCUAAUGAUAAGCAAGUGCAGAGACUAUGCGAUCCGGAAUGUGAUUCGCAGGGCUGCUACGGCAAAGGCCCAACGCAGUGUGUCGCUUGUAAACAUUACCGUUUGGAUAAUUCAUGUGUUUCAAAAUGCCCCCCCAGGAGUUUUGUUAAUCAAGGCGGAGUCUGCUGGCCAUGUCACGAGUCUUGUGAAACGUGUGCCGGAGCCGGACAAGAUUCAUGUUUGACUUGCGCGCCGGCACAUUUACUGGUCGUGGAUUUGGCUGUCUGCCUGCAGCAGUGCCCAGAUGGUUACUAUGAAGACCCAGAUGCCAACGCAUGUUUUCCAUGCGCCGAACAUUGUGAUACAUGCACAGAGAAAGCAGACUUGUGUUCUUCUUGUGCCCACAGUUAUGUUUUGUACAAUGGAUCUUGUUUAGCGGCCUGUCCACCAAGUACUUAUCAAAAAGACUACUAUGGCUGUAUGCCAUGUCACGAAUCUUGUGACUCUUGUUACGGACCGAGCCAAAAUUCUUGCGUGUCCUGUAAAAUUGGAGACUUUGUCUUCAAGAACCAAUGUAUUUCGAAGUGUCCUUCAGGCUUCUAUGCGGAUUCGCAGAAAAGGGAAUGCUUAGAGUGUCCGAUUGGAUGUUUGGUAUGCUCUUAUGGAGUGUGUUCUUCCUGUAAAGAGGAGUGGACGCUCACUAAGGGAGGAAGUUGCUUUCCCGAUGGAAACGAAAAAUGUGAUACAAAUGAAUAUUACGAGGGAGGUCGAUGCAAAAAUUGCCAUUCAACAUGCGAGAAAUGUAGCGGACCGAACGAGUGGGAUUGCAUCUCUUGUUCAAGUCCUCUUCUGUUACAAGGGUCGAGGUGUGUGGCAGAAUGUGGACGCGGGUAUUAUCAAACCGCCGGUAAAUGCUCACAUUGCCCCCACACAUGUUCGUCAUGCGUUUCACGGCUGAACUGUACAUCAUGCACGGGGGCUUUGCGCUUACAAUCUGGUACUUGUCGAGCAAUUUGUGCCCCAGGCUAUUACCCAGAUGACGGGAUUUGUUCUAAGUGCUAUCUAUCGUGUGAAACAUGUACUGGACCCAGGAGAGACCAGUGCGCAUCGUGUCCGCCUGAUUGGCGCCUGGCAGCAGGAGAGUGCAGGCCUGAGUGCCCACAAAACUUCUUUCCAUGGGAAACCAGCUGCCGACGGUGUCACCACUAUUGUCAGGACUGCCAUGGUGCAGGACCGCAAAAAUGUACUUCCUGUCCUCCACAUUUUUCAUUAGAAGAUGGUCUGUGCGUGGAGUGCCUUAGUUCUCAAUAUUAUGAAGUAAGGACCAGGAAAUGCCGUCCAUGUCAUGACUCUUGUAGAUCCUGUUCAGGGUCUGGACCAACAAGUUGUGUUACUUGCGCUCAUCCACUUCAAUUAGAUAGAGUCAACUACAAAUGUUUACCUUGCUGCUUAGAAAAUAUGGCAUCUAUUUACUUAACAGUCAAUGAAACAUCAGAUUGUUGCCAUUGUGAUAAGGAUAUCGGGGGGUGCUUAAAUGGUUCAUCGGCUGGUAAAAGAAGAAUAGCUGAAAAUAUAAGGACACAUAUUACUGCAUCAUAUUUCAUAGAGGAUUCGAAGGAUUCUGCAGAUACCAUCGAUUUAAACUAUGUUAUCAUUUGGAGUGCGGCAGCUACUGUUAUUGUGAUUGUCAUAGUAAUAAUAAUUUUAAAGGUAAAGUCAAGAAAGUGCAUACGCAGAACAUUGUUCCCGAAGGCUCAAUAUUCUCAACUAACAACAAUAGACGAAGACCUUAUACUACUGACCACUUCGACAUCACUGAAAUCGAACGAAGACCAAAACGUAGGGGAGCCAACAUAGCGAUAAUCUUCUUAAUAUUAAUUUAACAAAAACGCAGACUGAUAUAGAAAUUGAAUGCUCUGUAAAUAUUUUGUUUAAGUUAAAUUAUUAUUGUGUAAAGUGCAAUAUAUAAGAUAUAAAUUGGUAUCAAUGGAUAUGUUGAUGGGAUUAUAAUUAAUGGUAUCUGCACAUUUUGGGAUCGUUGUUUUUUUUUUUUUUUGUUUCGUGAGAAGUGAUAAUGUUUUAUAGGAAAAUAGAUUAGGUAUCGGCUGUUGUAAUAUUGUGAAUCGGUCUAAUUGUUUUUAUAUAGAUUACAUCUAUUGUUUAAUGAUGUGUAUUUACGACCAAAAUUAGUUUGUAACUUUUGGAUGUGUUACACUAACCCUAGCAAAAUAUUAUGUGAAAUGGGGUCAUAUUGAUUUCUUUCAAAACACUCAAAUCCAAAGUCUAUUUUGUAACGCGCUCGUGUUUAGGAGUGUUAAGAGUAAAGUGAAAACAUUUGUUUAUAUUUUAUGGGCUGCUUUGAUCUUAACAGACCUCGCCAUCAUCAUACACCGGCUGUUAUGUUCGUACAAAGUUACUUCGAAGGGUUUUUAUGGAUACUAAUAUUUUCGUUUCUUGCAUGCUGAAUUCAUUAGGACCUUUAUGCAAAGUAAAACGGGUAGCGAGCUAACAUAUUGAAUUUUAAAUCACUUUAUUCAAAUAAGUUUGAAUAGACUUUAUUCUAUCAUGUUUUAUUUUCUGAUGGCAUUCAAAAAAUUCAUAAUGUAAAACAUUUUUUUUUAGAAAAUCGAAUGAUAAAAAACCACAAUGAAGUCAAAAUUCAUGCAAUCUAAUUAAUGCACUACUUAUGGAAGUUAUUAUUGAUCCACGUUUUAAACAAAUAGUAUAAUAAUCUAAAUAUGUAUCAAUUUGUCAUGUCAAGUUAAAAAAACACUCACACCGUGCCAUUUUUGUGCAUUGUUGUAAGAUCUACUCCAUGUUAAUUCGUUGCUUAUGUUGGCUACAUUAUAUUUAUAUACACACAUACAUAUCGACGCUUCGAAAGGCAAACAUGACUAAGCGACAAUAACUGCUUUGUACAUAAAUAAUAGGCUAUGACCAUAUUCGAUGCGCAAAAAAAAUUUAUUUCUAGGUCUGUUAAAAUCAUUUCAAUCCUACAGCAUUUCAAUCCAAAUUUUGUUUUCAGGUAUAAAAUUAUUUAUAUUAUAUUAACUUUAAAUUAGUCUACUGUAAAGUUCACGCAUUGUCGCUUAGUCACGUUUGCCUUUCAAGCGUCGAUAUAUAUUAUACUAUAUUAAAUAACUCUCAUAAUAUUCCAAAUACAAUAUGAAAGUAAAUAAUAUGAUUAUCAUACUUUAAAAGAGCCAUUAAUGCUAAGUAGUAUCAAACAUUUUGAAAGUAUUCGAACAAUCAAUGAAAUAUUCGAUCGCCGACGGCCUCCGUUGGGAAAACAAUUUUAAUUUUGACAAACGCCCCAAAACGUUUUAAAACAUUUUUGUUUUCAAAUAUCACCUUUAUUUUGUUCUCACGUUGAUCCCGGUAUUAAUAAAUUACGUGAUUAAAAAAACAAAAAAAAACAGCCAUUAUUUUUCGAAAUCAAUCCGUCAGGGACAUUUUUUAAUAUGCGACACUUUUUCACUGGUGGUAGGACUCUUGUGAGUCCGCACGGGUAGGUACCACCGCCCCGCCUAUUUCUGCCGUGAAGCAAUAAUGCGUUUCGGUUUGAAGGGUGGGGCAGCCGUUGUAACUAUACUGAGAUCUUAGAACUUAUAUCUCAAGGUGUGUGGCGCAUUUACGCUGUAGAUGUCUAUGGGCUCCAGUAACCACUUAACACCAGGUGGGCUGUGAGCUCGUCCACACAUCUAAGCAAUAAAAAAUAAAAAAAUAUGCGAACACGAUUUGACGAAAUUUUGUUUUAUUUACAAAGACGAAGUAUUUAUUGGAAGACUUCGUUAAUAGUAAUUAUAAGAUCAAUUUUAGUAUGUCCUUAUAUACACGUUAUUAAUACAAUACUGAAAGCUAGACAGAAGGUGAGAUUAUAUCACGGGCUCCGGAAUUGCUUCUCUGUCAGACUCGUUCACAACAAAGAAACUUAGUUAGGGCAUAUAGUAUUCGAAUUCAUUGUUACUAUGUAACUGUCGGUUCUCUUAGUACGACAGAGAAUUCUAUCUUGGGACCGAUUGUGUGAUGAGCGUUUAUUUUUUGCAAUCAUAUAGCCUUUUCUUUAUAGCCUACGAAUAUUUUUUGGCGGAUAUGAUUUUUAUUGCACGAUAUUAUUCCUUCGUCGUAUAAGUGGUUCGAGAGCAUGUGAUAUGUAUCUUCUUAGAAAAAUUGGUAGGUCCCAGAUUAAAAGACUGGUGGUACAUUACUGGUAAAUUACAGGUGGUAGGACCUCUUGUGAGUCCGCACGGGUAGGUACCACCACCCCGCCUAUUUCUGCCGUGAAGCAGUAAUGCGCUUCGGUUUGAAGAGUGGGGCAGCCGUUGUAACUAUACUUGAGACCUUAGAACUUAUAUCUCAAGGUGGGUGGCGCAUUUACGUUGUAGAUGUCUAUGCACUCCAGUAACCACCUAACAGGUGGACUGUGAGCUCGUCCACCCAUCUAAGCAAUAAAACAAGAAAAUACGGAUUUGAAAAAUAGCAUAGCUCGCAUUGCCACAAGUAGGUACACCGGGUGUCUUAUCCUUUAUGACCUAAACCUAAAUUUUUGGCAAUUACGACUUAUAAAGCUUGUAUGAAUCAUAUUAGAAUACACACAUCUACUAUGUUACAAUAAUGAGAACUGUUGAUCUGUAAUUAAAGUGAUUAACACACAAUCCCAGCCUUAAUUUAUAUACUCAAAAGUAAAAUCGACAAUUUUUUUAUUUUUUUAUUGCUUAGAUGGGUAGACGAGCUCACAGCCCACCUGGUGUUAAGUGGUUACUGGAGCCCAUAGACAUCUACAACGUAGACGCGCCACCCACCAUGAGAUACAAGUUCUAAAGUCUCAGUAUAGUUACAACGGCUGCCCCAUCCUUCAAACCGAAACGCAUUACUGCUUCACGGCAGAAAUAGGCAGGGCGGUGGUACCUACCCGCGCGGACUCACAAGUGGUCCUACCACCAGUAAAUUAAUUACGAAGCUUACAAACAUUUCUUCAUUAUCGUAAUUUUGUGAAGUAACAUUUGACACAUAGAUUUUGUUGUAUUUGCUAUGUCACAUAAAUAAAUAAAUUGUGGUAAAUUUCAUAAUGUGUUACUUGUUUUGCGCAUUUGAAUUACGUCGGAGCUAUUAUUAUAACAUUUAUAAAGGAUGUAAAUAAAGUUCAAUUAUUAAAUGUGAUUAUUUGUAAAUAUGUAAAUAACCGAACGGUGUAAAUAAAUUGAUGGUUUCUAU